UACAUUACGUCACUGGGACCGGUGCAUUCGCAGUGAAUUUGGGGGAUGCAGCUCACCGUGAAGAGAAGCAUGCACAUGCAGCAGACGCCGGACAGCCUUUUGUCUUUCAUUUUUCUGGUUUAUUUUAAUUUCUGUAAAUAAAAGCGACACCGCAGGUUAAUAGGCGGGACUUCCUUCCGGCUGUUUAUCUCGGUGUGUGCAGCGCAAGGCGAGCCAGUGCAGGAUCAGAUAACAAGGUUUUGUCAUCACACACAGACCACACUAUGCUGGGCUGCUUCCUGGGAGGAGGCUGCUGUCCUCUGGUCUGCCUGUUUGCCCUGCUUCUGCCUCCGGUUUCCCUCAGUCAUCUGAACCAACAUGGGCCCAGGAGCCACGGUGUGAGGGACCGGCCCAAGCUGCUGCUCGUGUCCUUCGACGGCUUCCGCUGGGAUUACAUUGACCGGGUCCCGACGCCUAACUUCCGCCGCAUCAUUGAUGAGGGCGUGACGGUGGAGCGCGUGGAGUGUGCUUACAUCACCAAAACCUUCCCCAACCACUACAGCUUGGUGACGGGGCUGUAUGCUGAGACGCAUGGCAUCGUGGCCAACGAGAUGUACGACCCCGCUCUGAACCGGUCCUUCUCAAUGGAGACAGACAGUAUUUAUGAGUCACGGUGGUGGGAGGAGGCGGUGCCUCUCUGGGUGACCAUCCAGAAAGCUGGAGGGCGGAGCGGGGCGGCAAUGUGGCCAGGGUCUGAUGUGAAGAUCCACGGCAUGUUCCCCAAUAAGUACCUCCCGUACAAUGCCUCCGUGUCCUUUGAAGCCAGAGUGGAGCGGAUCAUUGAGUGGUUCUCUGCACCCAAAGACGCAGCGGUGGAUUUUGGAGUUCUGUACUGGGAGGAGCCGGACGAGAGUGGACACAAACUGGGACCUCAGAGUUCCCUCAUGGACGUAGUCAUCACCGGAAUUGACGAGAAGCUCGGCUUCCUCAUGAACGAGCUGAAGAAGGCGGGGCUGUAUGAGAAAGUGAACCUGAUAGUGACCAGUGACCACGGGAUGGCGCAGCUUUCCCCUGAUAAAAUCAUAGAACUGGAUGAGUAUGUGAGCAGAGACCUGUACACCUGGGUGGAUAAGAGUCCGGUGGUGGGAAUACUGCCCAAAGAAGGGAAGUUUGACGAGGUGUACAGUAAGCUGGCGGAUGCAAAUCCGAACAUGGUGGUGUACAAGAAGGAAGACAUUCCCGAGCACUUCCACUAUCAACACAACAUCAGGAUCAUGCCCAUCCUCAUAGAGUCCAAGGAGGGCUGGACCGUCGUGCAGAACAGGACUGCGCCUUUCAUGCUUGGAAACCAUGGCUAUGACAACACCUUGCGUAGCAUGCAGCCUGUGUUUGUGGCCCGUGGGCCGGCCUUUCGGCAGAAUUACGUCAAGACUUCCAUGCGCUCCGUUGACCUUUACCCUCUCAUGUGCCACAUCCUGGCCAUCCCCCCUCUACCAAACAACGGCUCCCUCUCAAACGUUCAGGACCUGCUGUCCCUAGAGCCAGCUCCAUCCACGGCACCCAGCACCCCUCCCAGGGCCAACGGGUAUUCCUACGCCCCCGUCGUGGGUUCUUUCAUCGGUGUGGUGAUGGUGCUGGGCUUUCUGAUGGUCUACAUCAGACAAGUGACGCUCAAACAGCUGCCCUCGCUAAAACACAGAAGCAGGGAGAUGUCGCAGCCCUUACUGCAAGAGGACUUGCACCUGUAGCUGAAGAAACAGAAGGGAUGGCAGACGUAAAAGAAGAGGUGUUGCUCCCCAAGGUAGUCCGGUCUGUCCAGAAGCAUCCCCUAACGCCUCCCCUCAUACGACUGAAUGCUUUCGUGCUGCUCUUUUUAUUAGUCGGAGAUCAAGGGAAUCUAACCUAAUCAUGCAUAGAGGUACAUCUCGCUUGCUUGCGUGGAAGGGAAAUGUCUGGGGUUUGCUUCUGGUGCAGACUUAAUCAAAAUAAUAAACCUUUACAUGGGCUUUAUAGUGGCUUUGCUUUGAUUGUGAACUUUACCUAAUAUCAUCUCGUCAUUUUCAUUGUCACUUAUAAGUAAAAAAGUCAAAGCUAAGAGUGAAAUUAUAACCUGUGAUUCUAGCAAGUAUGAACCUUUUGUUGGCCAAAACAACUGACUUGGAUAACCUAAAAAGGUGUCAGUAUUCUCGAAACACGCUUGUUUUUCUGAAGGUAAAGGGGUGAUUAGCUUAACAGCCACAGCCAAAGGUGGGGUGAAAUAUUUCCUUAGUGUUGCACUCAUUUGCACGUAAGAAAACAGAAGUAAGGAAGUGUGAAUGGCUGUAAGGUUCGGAGGGAAGGGGUUUCGGAUGUCACCGAUCCAAAAAGCACCAAGAAUCAUGCCGACACCUUUACUCCCUGACAGUAACCGUGGUAUGGACGGCAGUAGAUGUCGUUCUGCACUUUCAAAUCUAUGCAAAACAGAUUUGUAUGUCAUGCGGUAAAGAAGAGACUAGGUCACGUCAGGGUUUCUUGCCACCAAUUGUUCUACUUGUGGUCUAAGCACUGAAUUAGAAGUUAAUCAAAAUACAAAAGCUGUGAUUACUAAAGUUUUCAAGUUCAAGUGAAAGUUUCAGGAGAUUGGCUGGAGUCAGUGUUAUUUUUUUGAAUGUUACUUGGAAGCAGAUGUUCCACUAAAAACUCACUCCGUGUAUCAGGCUUCUGCUCAUAGGUGUAGGUCAUCCCCUGGGCCGUUCACAUCACAACUUUUGCUCUUUAGUAGGCAGUUACCAUUUGCCUUUUAACUUAACGGAGAACAUCUCUCUCUAAGGUGUGCAAUCAUUUGUGUGUCAGGUUGUUGUUUUUUUGUAGAGUUUGUGUUUGGAGGGCAUUUUUUUUGUAUAGAUGACCAUUUAUUACCCUUCAUAAGUCAUAAUAACCAUGGCCAUUUGUUGGUGAAAUGUGAAGUGCAAUUGUUAUUGGUCAGUAUUUCGUUUUAGGGAUUUUAAGGGUUUGGCUGUUGCUUGGUUGAGAAGACUAUUUCAGCAUGACUUGCAAGAACAGUUCCCCUGAUUUGCACUACAGGAUAGAUAUGAAACUGAACGUAUUUGGAUGCUUUUUCGGUCAUGUAUAAUUUGCACUUCUUGUUCGUAGUUGCUAUUUGAAAUUAUAAAAAAAAAAAAAAAAAAAAGUUAGGUGCCUCAUGCCAAAAACUUUUAAAUAGCAUAAUCAUAGAAAGUCAAGUAGAAUCCAAAUCAGCAAAUAAAUUAUAUAAUAUUUUUCUCAGCAUCUUUUAAGAAACAAUUGGUUCAAUUUUCUCCUUAUGCUUUUAGAUGCUUUACUAAUACGUGUGCCCAACAAAAAGACAGACAUCACUGUGAUAUAUACUUUUUACAAAAUUUAAAUUCAUAAAUUGAAAGCAUUUGUAUGGAAAUUGUUAAUUUUCUGAUAGUCUUGUUUUAUGAAAGACAAGUGUUGUCUGAUAAUUUCCCCCCAACUUGUUGACGGAGAAAUGAAAUGCAUCCAGAAUGUUUAAAUAAUUCAUUCAAAAUUGUUAGAAAAGAAUAAAUAUUAUCAGUUUAUUUCUGUUGAUUAUUAACUUGAACUAUGGAUAUUUAAUAUGAUUUACAAAUUAACUCUUUGCCAUGUUGAUGCAAUUAAAGAAUCUUCUGAAAUUAAAGGGACUUAUGUGAAA